AUGGUCGCGCUCGCGCUCGUCGGGCUGCUCCUGCACGCCGUGCCUCACGCUGCGCCUCACGCCGCGCCGCACACGGCCCCCGGGGCGCUCGAGCACGCCGUGUGGCAGCACGAGCAGCGCCUGGACCGGGACGGCGUGGUCGUGCUGCGCUGGAACUCGACGGGCCUCGGCCGGCGCGCGCCCACCGCGGACAGCGCGGUGCUCGUCCUGGAGGUGGCGGCGCGCACCAGGGGCUACGUCGGCCUCGGCCUGUCGCCCUACACCGGCACCAUGGCGGGCGCCGACCUGGUCCUCGCCUGGGUCGACGACGCGGGCGUGCCGCACGCGCGGGAUUACUGGGCGGACCAGAACGGCUCGCCGACCCUGGACAAGAACCAGGACUGGCGGGUGGUCGCCGCCGAGGAGAACGACACACACACGGUGGUGCGGCUCGCACGUCCGCUGCACACUCAGCACGUCAUGGACGUUCAGAUUCAGCCGGGGCCCGUCCGGGUCAUCUUCUCGUGGAGCGGCGCCGACCCCGGGCGCGCCCCGCACUACCACGGCAAGGAGCAGCGCGGCGUGACCGAGGUGUGCCUGCUGGCCAGCGCAGGGGCCGCCCCCCGGACGGAGGUCUGGGUGUGGCUGCUGGUCCUCACGACUACCAUGGGACUUCCCUUCGCCACCAAUGUCCCCUAGAUCUAAGGUCGUUGCGUUAUUUAUUUAUUUGUAAACACUGACAAAGAAGUUUUCUGUUGAUAAGUAAAUGUUCCAUUAAAA